UUGUCUAUCAGAUCCAAUAAGACACUAAGAUCAAUAGGAACAAUCACCAUAUUGAUUAAUAUGCCGAUAAUGCCAAAAACGAAUUUGCAUGCUUCUUGGGUACGACCAUGGGUCUGGUAAUACGCGUUCAUCACAUAUGAUGCAUGGUUUAUGAGUUUAUUGGGAUUAAAACAGGAUCCACCUGGUUGGAUUGCUCUACAAUCAACUCCUUGACUACAUCCGAAAUUUAUGUUUAGUUGUAGCUGCAGUGGUGUCGAGUCUACACCUGCUACACAAUAAUAUUGUGUGGACUGUGGAGCUCACUACAGGAAGGUGGUGGAUCGUGAUGAAAGAUAAGAGAAGGAAAAGAAAUAUCAAAGUAGACAUUUUGCCAUUUUUUGAAAAUUAAAAAUUCAAAUGAUAUGCAAAGAGUUAUACUUGAAUUUUGUAUUGUGCGUAUUACAAUUUCUGUGCUUUUUGUAUAUGCAAAGAGUCUUUAUUUUAUUGACAAAAAAGAAUCAUAAUAUUAUUGUUGACGACCACUCUAUAGAAACAUUACUAAUACUAACCAAACAGGUACUCAACGAUCAAUGACGGUUGUUGACGACAACUCCGUGUACCUUGUUCGUCCUAAUGUGAGGACUUCCUAGAUUAUGUAUAUAGAUCACUAAAAUACGUAUAUUGGAUUGUCUCUUUUUGUUAAUAUGUUGGAUUGUAUAUAUAUACUGGAUGUUUGAUACUAGUUUGUUAUUCAUUUUUUAUACACUAGUCUUGGCCAUGUACGUCCAAACUAGCAUUUUGAGCAAAAGAUUAAAACUGUACAUCAUUUAUCUUUUUGAGCGAUAAAGAACUGUUGAAGUGGAACAACUGUAAAACGCACUAGUUGUAUUUGUCAGGUAUUAUGUUUCUUCGCAGCUCUGUUGUAAGUUGUAACAUAAACUUGGAAAAAUAUAUACGAGUGAUUCACUUAUUGUAUAAAUCAAUUUUGAAUAUCUUGGAAAGAUUUCUACAAGGGCCUUAUCGCUUUAUUGCAGAUUUGUCCACACUGAUACAGAAAAAAAAGAAGCUAUUGGGACUGAUAUAUAGGAACUAGAAAGGAAUAAAAUACCACUGUGACUGAAGAAAGAGACCAAGUGGUAAUGGAGUUGCGCAGGUAUCGAGGUUGAUGGAAAUCUCCAACCUCUGAUCUGCCCUUGUUUAUAUGUUUGCCAUAAAGCGCCAAUAAUUUGAAACAAUACUGAGGGAUAAAAACAAAGGAACUUGAGCUUUUUAGCCUUUUACAGCUAUAGUUUGCACGAAUUUUACAGUAGUUUUACUGUUUGAAAAGUACACUUUUCACCUUCAAUAAUUAUGUUAUAUAGCCCCCACAUGUACGAGUUAAAGUUGCACUUUAUGCGCAUAUUAUAGCAAACGAAAUACGCCUCAUUUGAAGAAACUGAGGAGGCAAAAUAACUAAAGAUGGAGAAAAAGGAAGAAGAAAGGAAGUCUCAUGUGAGAAGAGGGUUGUGGAAACCUGAAGAAGACAUGAUAUUGAGAAACUGUGUCGAGUCUCAUGGAGAAGGAAACUGGGCAGACAUCUCUCGUCGGUCAGGGUUGAAGAGAGGUGGGAAAAGCUGUAGGUUGAGAUGGAAGAAUUAUCUAAGACCAAAUAUCAAAAGAGGAGGCAUGUCACCUCAAGAACAAGACCUCAUCAUCCGCAUGCAUAAGCUUCUCGGAAACCGAUGGUCGUUGAUCGCUGGCCGCCUUCCAGGUCGGACUGACAACGAAGUCAAGAACUACUGGAAUACACAUUUGAACAAGAAGUCCACUUCCAGGAAACAGAACGCAACUGAGUCAGUGGAAGCUCCUACCGACAAGACAGUUAUGUCUACAGGAGUGAGACAUAGCCAUGGAGAACAAGGAGAAGGAGAAGAAGGCACUACUAACUGGAUGGAGGAGACUAACUGUUUGGCUUAUGACGACCACAUAGGAUCUCCCCUGCCUCUCAUCUCUCAUUACACAGACACUCUUGUGUUUGACCCAUGUUUCGCCUUCAUGGAUUGCUUCCCUCUGCUUUAGGACUUUCCUGAGUUUAUCUCUGAGGGAUAAAUUCUUGCAUAGACUUUGCGAGUCAUAUUUUGCUUUUAGUUAUACAAUUUAACAUUGAGGGACGCAAGAAUAAAUCAUCAUGUAUUUGUAAUAAGCCUGAUUCAUUAAGGAUCAUAAUCUACCUUUUAUCAUCAUAAAGAACUUUUCCAAGGAUAUUUAGAUUUGUUA